UCAGCGAGAGGUGAAAUGGCGCAGAAAGGAGUUCAGCUGGACCAAAAAACCUUGUCUUGUUCCAUCUGUCUGGAUCUACUGAAGGAUCCGGUAACUACUCCCUGUGGACACAGCUACUGCAUCAACUGUAUUCAAAGCUUCUGGGAUGGAGAGGACGAGAAGAAAGUCCACAGCUGCCCUCAGUGUAGGCAGAGCUUCACACCAAGGCCUGUCCUGCUGAAAAACACCAUGUUAGCAGCUGUAGUGGAAGCACUGAAGAAGACUGGACUCCAAGCUGCUCCUGCUGGUCACUGCUAUGCUGGACCUGAAGAUGUGGCCUGUGAUGUCUGCACUGGGAGAAAACGGAAAGCCGUCAAGUCCUGUCUGCAGUGUGUGGCCUCUUACUGUGAGCAACACCUCCAACCUCAUUUUGAAUUAUUUGAAAAACACAAGCUGGUGGAGCCCUGCAAGAAGCUCCUGGACAACAUCUGCUCUCGUCAUGGUGAGGUGAUGAAGCUGUUCUGCCGCACUGAUCAGCAGUGUAUCUGUUGUCUCUGCUCUGUGGAUGAACAUAAAGGCCACGACACAGUGUCGGCUGCAGCGGAAAGCACUAAGAGGCAGAAAGAGCUGGAGGUGAGUCAACAAAACAUCCAGCAAAGAAUCCAGGACAGAGAGAAAGAUGUGCGGCUGCUCCAACAGGAGGUGGAGGCUUUCAAUGGCUCUGCUGAUAAAGCGGUGGAGGACAGUGAGAAGAUCUUCAUUGAGCUGAUCCGUCUCAUGGAGGAAAGACGCUCUGAUGUGAGGCAGCAGGUCAGAUCCCGGCAGAAAACCGAAGUGACUCGAAUCAAAGAGCUUCAGGAGAAGCUGGAGCAGGAGAUCAGUGAGCUGAAGAGGAAAGACGCUGAGCUGAAGAAGCUCUCACAAACGGAGGAUCACAACCAGUUUCUACACAACUUCCCCUCACUGUCACCGCUCAGUGACUCACCGAGCAUUAAUAUCCGUCCUCUGCGCUACUUCGAGUAUGUGACAGCGGCUGUGUCAGAAGUCAGAGAUAAACUACAGGAAGUUCUGAGGGAGAAAUGGACAAACGUCUCACUGACAGUGAAGGCAGUGGAGGUUUUACCAUCACAACCAGAGCCUAAGACCAGAGCUGAGUUCUUAAAAUAUUCGCAUGAAAUCACAUUGGAUCCAAACACAGCACAAUACAAGGUGUUAUUAUCUGAGGGGAACAGAAAGGCAAAAUUCAAGAGGAAGAUACAGCCUUAUCCUGAUCACCCAGACAGAUUCUUUGGAUGGUCUCAGGUCCUCAGUGAAGAGGGUCUGACUGGACGUUGUUACUGGGAGGUGGAGUGGAGUGGGAGUGGGGUUCAUAUAGCAGUCGCAUACAAAAGUAUCAGCAGGCUGGGUAAUCCAUUUGGACAAAAUGACAAAUCUUGGGCAUUACAGUGUUUCUCAGACUGUUAUUACUUUUGGCACGACAAAGUCCGAACACCCGUCUCAGGUCCGCAGUCCUCCAGAGUAGGAGUACACCUGGAUCACAGUGCAGGUAUUCUGUCCUUCUACAGCGUCUCUGAAACCAUGACUCUCCUUCACAGAGUCCAGACCACAUUCCUUGAGCCUCUCUAUGUUGGACUUUGGCUGUCUCAUUCUUGUGUAAGAAACUGUGCAGAGUUGUGUAAACUCAAAUAG